CGCACCUGGCGCUCUGCAGCCGGCCGCCCGGCGCUGGAUUUCGGAGGGGAUUGGCGGAGCGCGAGGAGAGAAUGUGACAAGUGCCGGCUCGGCGGCCGCCGGGGGAGGCCGCGCGCACCUGUCCCUGCCCGUCUCGCGCCGCCCGCGGCCGCUCGGACGCGCGCAGAGCCGCCCCCCGCCGCCGCCGCCGCCGCGUGCGCCCGCGAACAUGACUUCUGCCUUCAAGCUGGAUUUCCUCCCGGACAUGAUGGUCGAGGGCCGCCUGCUAGUUCCUGAGAGAAUUAACGGCACAGCCAACAAGAUGAACGGAGCUUUGGAUCACUCAGACCAGCCAGACCCAGAUGCCAUUAAGAUGUUUGUCGGACAGAUACCCCGGUCGUGGUCGGAAAAGGAGCUGAAAGAACUUUUUGAGCCUUAUGGAGCCGUCUACCAGAUCAACGUCCUCCGGGACCGGAGUCAGAACCCUCCGCAGAGUAAAGGUUGUUGUUUCGUAACAUUUUAUACAAGAAAAGCUGCACUUGAGGCCCAGAAUGCACUGCACAAUAUUAAAACUUUACCUGGGAUGCAUCAUCCCAUUCAGAUGAAACCUGCAGAUAGUGAAAAGUCAAACGCUGUGGAAGACAGAAAAUUGUUCAUAGGAAUGGUUUCGAAGAAAUGUAAUGAGAAUGAUAUCAGGGUGAUGUUUUCUCCAUUUGGCCAGAUAGAAGAAUGCCGGAUCCUCCGGGGACCCGAUGGGCUGAGUCGAGGCUGUGCGUUUGUCACAUUUUCUACAAGGGCAAUGGCACAGAAUGCAAUCAAAGCCAUGCAUCAGUCUCAGACCAUGGAGGGCUGCUCUUCACCUAUCGUGGUGAAGUUUGCUGACACUCAGAAGGACAAAGAGCAAAGGCGCCUCCAGCAGCAGCUCGCUCAGCAGAUGCAGCAGCUCAACACUGCCACCUGGGGGAACCUGACGGGGCUGGGCGGACUCACCCCGCAGUAUCUGGCGCUCCUGCAGCAGGCCACCUCCUCCAGCAACCUGGGUGCGUUCAGUGGCAUUCAACAAAUGGCAGGCAUGAAUGCUUUACAGUUGCAGAACCUGGCGACGCUGGCUGCUGCUGCAGCUGCGGCCCAGACCUCAGCCACCAGCACCAAUGCAAACCCUCUCUCUACCACGAGCAGCGCCCUGGGAGCCCUGACAAGUCCCGUGGCUGCUUCGACCCCCAACUCCACUGCUGGUGCAGCCAUGAACUCCUUGACCUCUCUCGGGACUCUGCAAGGACUGGCUGGGGCCACUGUUGGACUGAAUAAUAUUAAUGCACUAGCAGGUAUGGCGGCUCUGAAUGGAGGACUUGGCGCCACAGGCUUGACGAAUGGCACGGCUGGCACCAUGGACGCCCUCACCCAGGCCUACUCAGGAAUUCAGCAGUACGCAGCGGCCGCGCUGCCCACUCUGUACAGCCAGAGCCUGCUGCAGCAGCAGAGUGCUGCAGGCAGCCAGAAGGAAGGUCCAGAGGGGGCAAACCUCUUUAUUUACCACCUUCCACAAGAAUUUGGAGACCAGGACAUUCUGCAGAUGUUCAUGCCUUUUGGAAAUGUUAUCUCUGCUAAAGUCUUCAUUGACAAACAGACCAAUCUGAGCAAGUGCUUUGGUUUUGUUAGCUACGACAAUCCAGUCUCUGCACAAGCUGCUAUCCAGGCUAUGAAUGGCUUUCAGAUCGGCAUGAAACGCUUGAAGGUGCAGCUGAAGCGCUCCAAAAACGACAGCAAACCUUACUGAUCCCAACCCCAGAGGCUCCCUGCUCUCAUUUUAGCUUUCUUAGGGUAAGUCCCACGAGCCAGCCUGUCUCAACAGGAAAGGCAGAGGAGGACCACAUUGCCAACUUUUACCAAGAGAGACGGUUAUUUUUACAAUAAGGCCUCCAUGUCCCCACCCACUUCCCCUACCCAGUUUGCCAUAAUUAAAACUUGGCCUACCUUGUUUCUAUUGAGUAAAUUCCUCCUCCAGUUGUGCCACUGUAUUCUCCUUUGUUUUGCAAUUUGAAUCUCCUUUUACCUUUUUCUUAAAAUUUUUUUUGUUUUUGCUUUUUUAAAGAGAAGCAUAUACACAAAUAAAUGGCAUCUUGAGAAUUUAAAAGGCAAACAAACGCUAAUGUGCAAUUCUAACUCUGAAACCACUGGUGCCCCGAGAGCACUGCCUGGAGAAUUCACCCCUCCUUGUCCGGCACCCGCCCCUGGAGGGAGGGCCCGGCACUUAGAGGUUAACGUGGUGGCCUAGGAGAGGGAGAAGCCAGGAGAAGCACUUACUCCAACCACACGUCUUUCCACUACAUCGGCUUGUUUUACUAAGUAGGAUUUUAUUUUAGGGUUCAAAGAAACAUAACAUUUAUUGGUCAAAUUAUUACACUGGUUGUCUACUUUGUUAUUGUUUUAUUUUAGUUUUUAGAAAGGAUUAAUGUACAAAAAGAUUUAGAGAUCUGUUUCUUAAAGCUACAGGGUUUAAAAAAUAAAAAUGAGUGAAAAUACUUGAUGUUUCUUGAAAGAUAAAUUUAAUAAUAAUAAAUAAAUACAUAAAUACAUAAAUAAAAAAGAAAGCCACAGGCCUGUAAAUUUUAUUUGUAAAAAAAGCAUUUCUAUUUUUAUACAAAAUUUUUACUGCCUCAGAAAUAAUGGAAGUUAUUUAUUGCCUAUUGUUAACUUAUUGGGUACCUAAAGAGCAGUUCUCUGUCUAGCUAGAACCUUCUGAAGUAGUCUCUAGAGGAAUUGUUCUAGGAAUGGGCUUUUUUUCACCGUUGAACCCUAGACCUAAAGUUCAUGCUUUAUCUUCUCGUUGUUUGUAUCUGUGUGAUGAUUUUGUUCGUAACUUCCAUUAUCUAGUUUACAGUUCAGUCGUCUGACUUUCCCCGUAUGUCACAUUUGUUGAAACUGGACCCUCUCCCCUGUCCCUCACCCCACAACAUCCAGAAUCCAUCCCCUCUCACUCUCUCCAGAUGGAUUCUCUUGGGGUUUCAUUGUGCUGUGGAUAAAGAGUGUAAGAAAUGCAAAUUAUGUGAAUGGCUCGGACACUCCCUAAUAAUGGAAGAUUUGCAUUAGAUUUUCUCCCGCACCCUUAAAAGUUAUUUUGUUGCUGCUGCAUAGAUUCUGUGUAACUUUUUACUCUUGUUUUUUCCCUAGACAUCUUCAUGCCCGUUAGUUCAUCGUUUGCCUAGCAUGUCCCUGUGGCGUCUCAAAAAAAAAGUUUCAUCGUCCCGUCAUUGUUUCUGAUGUCUUUCUGACCUCACAUCAUAUUUGGUUCUCCUACUGACCUUUGAUCUAGUUUGACCUUUGAAAUUUGCAUGUGACCUCAUCUAGCUAUGAAUUCUGGGAAGUCAAUGUGAAAAACAUUGCUGCAUUCAUGCAAGACUGAAAUUUAUUAGACAAAUUCAUUAUAGAAAAAACCUGUGGCAAAAAUGUUUUUUUCUUAUUUUUUUUCUUUUCAUAAAACAGACUUGAAAGUAUUAUACAGGGAUUGGCAUUCUUCCCGGUCACUGGUAACAAUAGCAAUAUGUGUCCAGGGACACAGAAUGUUGGUUUCUAACAGACUACUUCCAAAAACAGUUUGAGAAAAAAACUGUCUGAUUUUAAGUCUCUAGAGGUCUGUAAUAGUUUUUACAUUUUUCAGGCAGUGUAAAGUUUUUUGAUAAGGCCAUUUUAGGUGGCUCACUUUCUCAUUAAGAUAUAUAUAUAGAACCACUUUUUGUAGAUUAGUAUAAGAAAAAUAUUUACCCUGUUUUGGGGCAAAUGCUACCUAUUUGUGUCACCUUUUGCUGAACUCACAGUUAGACAAUCCAUGGUUUAAUGCACAUGAAAUUACCUAUAUUUUAUACUGUUUCAAUGUACAGGAGAAAGGUUACUGUAAACUGUGUUAUGUUGGUGCUUCUGUGAAUUAAGUUGUGGUUUCAUCAUGAGUCUUAUGGUCUUAAUGUUCUUUGUUGAUAAGACAAGUUUAGAAUUGGUUUACUUAAUACAAAAAAAAAAAAAGAAUUUCAAAAAAAAAAAUGUUGUUUGCUUAAAACAAAUUUCAUGUGAGGGAAAAAAAAAAAAACCUAUUCCAGAAUAAGUUUUGUGUUGGCUUGUGAAGCAUUGAUGUCAUUUUUUUUAAUUGUGAACUAUUUAGAUGUGUUUGUGUUCAGCAAAAUGUGAUCUGUUUUUUCUUUUAAAGAAAAAAAGUGAAAAUAUAUAGUGCCAAAUUCCAAAGGUACUUCCUUCCUAGAGCUUCAGUGUGUUUCUUGUGAGAAGUAAUUUGAUAACAUGGGUAUUUUAUUAUGUGUUUUGUAUAAAUCCCUAAUAUUUAAAAAAAAAAAAAAAAAGGUUAAAAAGUUUGUUAACUUGCUAUCCUGUGGUCUUGUUGCCUGAAAUUGUUAUUGUUUGUUAUUUCUCUGAUGUUUUUUGUAAGACAUUGUAUAAGUGCCCAUGUCCCACUUUUUUAACCACUCCGCACAUCAGUGCUAUGAAGGCAACCUCACCAUGUAUUUUCUUCAUAAUCUAUGGAAACCUCUAAGGUGAGAAAGUUUUGAACUUUUAACCCUUUCUACCCAGAGCUAUCUGGAAUGUUAACAUUUUCUACUGUCAUGAUUUGAGUUUGUUUUGGGGUGUUUCUAAUUUGGAUAUUUUUCCCUGCAUCUGUCCUCUAAGUUGUUUCCGAUGCCUACUUUUUCUUUGGUUAAGAUCCAAAAGAAUUAAGAUCCAAAAGAUUCCAUGAGGCCAAUCUAAAGGGGAAAAAAAAAAUCCUACACUACUUUUGAUUAUUUCUCAUUGUUUUUUGGAAAAGAAUUCCUACCGUGCUACUAGAAUUCCUCUGGAGUUUUAAUUGGAUAAACCGAGAGGGAAAACGGAGGUGGAUUCAGCACCUAACAAUCCUGUAUGCUUUUGAGAUCACAUUUAGCAGUGUGUCCUAGUCUAGAAUAUUUUCAUAUACUGUGUACUAAAACGACUUUGUGGCAGGAUAGUCUUUUGAGGGGUUUGCUUUUGUUUCUUAACUACUCCUAAAUACUGUUUCUAAUCAGCCAUUAUGCUGGGGCGUCUCCGACCCCAGUAGAUACCUCUGAAUAUACCAGGUGUCUGGAGUUAGAAGCCCAUCGCCCUUUCCCAGCCUUCUUUUUUUUUUUUUUUUUAAUUGAACGCAUUUAUAAGGGGACUGACCAUCUAAGUAAAGCUCAGUUCUUUAUCACAAUUUACUGACCAAAUACCUAGCACCAAUUCCUGCUGCCACUUUUUAAAGUGCCAUAUGACUUUCUGUGAACAGGUACCUUGCUGUCUUGACAAAUCCUAAUGUCAUGCCUACUGCCCCAACACAAACUCCAGCCUUCCUCUCUAGCAUGCCCCGGAAGCUUCUUGAUCUCAGCUCCCCUUCCAUGCUCAGCACCCUGUUAGGAUCAGUGUGUGUGGAUGUGAUAGCCCUGGGAUGGAAAGGACUAGCCUCUACUGAUGCAAAAAAAAAAUUAAUAACAACAAACGUUUCCUUCUUAAAGCACAUGCACUUACAAUGACAUGAUUUGUAUUAUCGUCACACGUGUUUACUACUGCUGGGGCCUUCCUUCAUCCUCUGAGGGCUAUUUUGUACUUCCUGCAGCAAUCAGCUUAGUAACAACAGUUACCACAUCUGUCUCUCAGAGAACACGGUGUGUGUCGACACAUACAUGGAAACACAAGAGCCCACCACUUGAAUUUCUAAGACUAUUUCAUUCUGAAACUCCUUAUCAAUUAAAUAAAGCUCAACGAAAAACAAUUUUGAUUUCCUUACUGAAGCAGAUGCCCCUCCCCAUUUCCCUCUCAACCCACCUGCAUGCAUCUCCCCCAGAGGAAACACUGAGGGCAGGGGACAGGAGGCUCAGGACCAGCACUCCCAGUCGAGUGUUUCUUCUGCACGAGUAACCAAGAGAGGACAUGAGGGGUAAAGUCCUUUUUUGCCCUUCUCUAAAAGAUAACUUUCUCCUUCAGAGACAAACUGUCCUUCUAUCCACUUGAUCUUUUAGUAUCAAAAGGACAAAGCUGCAAGGGUGCAAAGGGCCUGUGCCAGAAGAAAACACACAGGGAAACUGCUUUUUUAAUCAAAUGUAGAAAAUAGUUAUUUGUAAUCUAAAUUAGAGAAUUGUGAUACAAUGGCAGUCCUCAAAGGCUUAAUGAGUUCAUCUUUCUUUCACCAUAGGGGUUAGAGUUCUUUGGCUUGUGCUACUCUGGAAUCAUUUCACUGUUUGUUUUUAUUAUCUUAAGUGCUAAUUAAAAAAAUAAAAUUUUAAAAAAAACUUGUAGUUUCAUUACCUUUUUGAAUAAUGUCAUACAAAAAAUGUAUUUGUGUUUUUUUUGUGCUGUGAGAAUUGAUGUUUAUAGAUUAAUAAUCAUUUUGUUUAGAAUUACAAACUAGUUUUUAAAUAUUGUCUGAGAAAAGCCAAAGUUAAUGCACCCUAGUGGAAACUGUAAGACCAUUUGAGUAUUGUUUGUUUUAUUGAUGCAUUUGGAUUUUGUUGUUUGAUGGAAUUUGAGCCAAAAAAAAAAAAAAAAAUACGCAGGCUUUCCUAUUUCUACAACUGAUUGUACUUACGCAUUUUGUACCAGUGGAACUUUUUAUACUGGAGAUUAAAAAAUGGAAAUUUUGGGGGCUUACUCUGGUGGGCCCCUGACAAUGACUGAUUUCAAGUUUGAUUUUGGGUUGAUAGAAAGAAAGUUGCUUUUCUUUUGAGAAUUAAAAACUUUGGCUUGAUUUCUUUUUUCCCUUUGCUUAUAUCUAGCAUUAGAAUUUUGUCUUAAAAUAACAGCGGUAAGUUUCACUUUUUAUUCUGUAUUGUGCAGUUACACAAUAAGGUAAUUAGAUUUAGAAGUACUCAGUCACUUUAAGUGGAUAAAUGUAUUAGUUAAAACUUUAGGGUUUGCUUUUUUGCUGUUUAGAUCAAAGUUUUUUCUGAUUCUUCUGUCCUCAUUGUGAACAUAACCGUGUAGUUGAUACAGUCAAACUUAUUUUUGUAAUGUAUGUUAUUGUGUGAUGCAGUUUUUUGCUUCUGUCUCCAAUAUUAAACCAUUUUCCUAAUACUUGUUUCUCUCUCUGCGUGUUGUAUUGUUGGUAGUCAUUAUGUGUUGGUGAUACAUCUACACACCUCACUGUUUCACGUAUCUGUUUUUUUCUCUAUGUUGUGUAAAAAGAUACAGUCGAUUCCACUUAAGUGAAUAUCUGAUUUGGGAAAGGGGAAACUGCACAACAGCCACCUUUGAUUUAUGUACAACCGCCCACUCGAACUCCUGCUUCCAAGAUUUACACACUUUUUUUCUACAGUUCACCUCAGUAACUGCCUACGGGGUUGGAUUUGCCAAGGUGUUUUGCAGUCUCUUGACCACACAGGUUAAUUUCACCUUCUCUCUCCUCCCUCAUGAGUCUAUCCUUGCAGUUCUUAACAUACAUUCCAAACUGCUGCUGGGGUUUCCUCUAUACCCACGAGGCCAAAGCCACAUCAGUACAGUUAAACUCUUCAUAGACACUAAUCACCUUUCUAAAAGAGGUGAGUUCUCUAGGCAAGACAAAUAAACUUAGCUGGUGAACAGAAGAUGUGAAAAGGGUUAAACUUAAGUCUAUUUGUUGCCAUCAAUCAAAAGAUAUGUAUAGAAAAGUCAUUUAAAUUAUUUAUUUCUACAAGCUAAUUGAAUCCAGGAGCAGCUUUAAUUAUUAACACUAACGGAAAAGAAGUAUUUCCAAGGGCUCAAACAGAAGCCCUACUCAGUCUGGGGGGCGGCGGGCACGGGGAGGUCAAGUUUCUCACAUUCAAGUUGUCUUCAUAGUUUACUGUCCUUUUCCAAACACGAGGUAAUAAUGCCAUACGCAUUCACACACUCCCUUCUGGAUGAACAUAAGAGCUCAGAGUAGGUCUCAUCACCACUGUCACCCCAAGGCCAGUUAUCAAAUACUGUUCCUUCUAUGCCCUCACAGACUGAAGCCACAGGCCCUGUUCUGCCUAUGCUCAGGAAUCUGAUUGCUCUUAAAGUGCUCUUACAAGAUUCCGUCGAUGUUUGCUCCCUCUGUCUUAUCUCUCCUUCCACUAUUUUCAGACGCACAAGCUCUGUCUGACUCAGGCCACCCAGCACUUGGCAGCCUUCCUCUGGGUGCCAGUGAACUCUCUCUCCCAGUAGGUGCUCAGGCUCUUUACCCUCUCGUUGCAGCAGCCCCUCUGGCCCGAGAUUGUAUUUUCUAGUCUGCUUAACAAUAGAGGGGACUGGCGAGGUGGAGGAAGGGAGGCUCCCUCCCCAGGGCUGGCUGCCUCAGUGAUGCUGACGCCACCAGCUCCAGCCUGCACGGAUGGAGCUCACUUCCUGCCGCCACUUCGGCUUUCAGUCUCCUCAUAGCCUUCAGCAGUCUGCCUCUGAAAACACACUGCCUACAUUAGUGGGAAAGGAUGGCUAAGGGUGUGAUUUCUUUGUAUUAGGGAGGUGGGAGGGGGAUGUUGGGAGGUAUGGGGGGUGACUAAAUUAUUUCCAAGGUGUAAGUGUUUAUUUUUUAAAUCUAGAAGUACAUAGAUCCACCUUUUUGGCACAAGACAAAAUACUCAUGCUAAGCAAAGGAAGAGAAAGACAAAGCCAGUUUUUGUUGCUCUUCUAAGGCAACAAAUAAUUCUCCAAAGAACGGGAUGAAAAUGCUAGUUCCUUUAUGCACUUAUGACUAUCAAGUUGGUCCCUGCUGAAUUCAGACCCAUAGUUUUGAGUCGGCAUGACCCUGCUGCAGUGUGAACAAGGUUAUCAGUUUGCCACGCACAGACCACUUUGUAUUGCAGCACCGUCAACACCCGCCCUGCUGAUGGAAGCCACACAAGCUGCCCAGCCCACGGCCGAGGGGCUCGGACUCUUAGCUAGCAGGCUAGGACACACAGUGAACAUAAAUGUACUGUGAAUCGUUCCUGAUAAGUGAAUAAAACAUUGUGACCAAACAAUCAGCUUAUUCACUUAUCAGGAAUCGACUGUUCUGCUAAUUUGCUGUUUUUGUUUUUUCAUCUCUGUUGUAGUUCACUAUUUUUGCUGUGUUCUGUUUUCUCCUCUCAUGCUUGGGCAAAUCACUGGGAAUAUUACCUUCAUGUGACCAUGAAACGUUUAUAUUGAGUGAAAAUGAUAUCUUAACAAAAUCUAUGCACUUGCUAUCAGGAACACAAUACUGGAUGUGUCUUAUAUAUAUUGAACUAUAUAGUACUCGAUUUCUUAAAUAAAGCUUAAGAAAGGA